AUGUCGCUGGUGAAAAUCAACGUGAUGGCGUCGGAACCUGCCAGGCACUUUACAGAUUUACCGGUGGAGCUCUUGGGAUUGAUUGUCGCCGACCUUAGCGGUUCCUCUCUCAGCUCUUUCUCUUUAGUCAAUAAGAAAUGCCGAGCCGUGAGCGUAUCUUAUUUAUUCCACAUGAUAACGGUGAACUUUUCGGAGCGUGGUUUGUAUUGCCUAGAGAUGAUAUCGGAAUCACCUCUAGCGUCGCAUGUGAAGAUGCUCCAUUAUAGCGCAUCCGAGUUGGUUGAUCCAUUGAUCCAACAUUGGGACUACUUCACUGCUUGCAUAUAUACACCACAGGAAUAUGCUAGGGACCAUAAGGAUUUUCGCUGGGGCCUUCGAGGCAGGGAAUUCUCUUAUACCGCGAUACACUCCUAUUUCAGUUGGCUUGCUAAAGCCCAGCACACACUUCUGCACGGGCGAAAUGAUAUACGCAUAUUUUGCAAGUCUCUUUCCCGUCUCUGUGGCUUGAAGGCAGUCAAGCUUUCAUUUGAUGCGCUCAAGGAAGACCAGUUUCUUUGGUUUGCAAACCGUAUCUAUGUCGAUUGGAAAGACUCGUUUCCAAUCCAUCUGGAGACGGUUCUCAGAUCCAUGGUGACUGCUCGCGGUCAAGGUAUUUUGAUCGAAGCGAUGGAAAUCGAAGGUUUCUAUGCUAAAUUGGUUGCUACUGAUGUUAACCUCAUGGGGACGGCGGCUGAUGCUCUUACGCAUGUCAAGGCUCUCAAGCUGGUGGAUAGCUUUAGCCUUCUAGAUUUCAUGUCGGAUGUUGCUAUGCCGUCCCUGCGGAGACUUGACCUAGCAAAUUGUUGGCUGGUGGGCCCGGAUCUUGCUAGAUUUAUGGAAUGCCAUGCUAGUGUCCUGCGACAACUACACCUGCGGAACAUUUGUCUCCCACACGAGAAGCUCAGGGAAGCCUGUUCAUGCUCAAAGUGUGCUCAAGCGCUGAUGGAUGUUCUCUCUGGUAUCCAAAACACUAGUAUAUUUGAUGAGCUCACAAUCAUUCGAGAUCUUGAAAACGAAUGA